AAGGGGCUCCUAAGCUUCAACAGAAGGCAUAGCUCCUUCAUUCUAAGCAGCUCUUUCUUUUAUUAAAAAAAAAAGAAAAAAAAAAGGAAGAAUUAAUUGAUUGAAGAAAAAAGAAAAGAAAAAAAAAACAGAGAAGAAGAUAGUGGGUUUUUUGAAUUUCUCACAAAACUUUCUAUCCACUUCUUCUUCUCAAAUUAAAACAGGAGUCAUUGAAGAGCUUGUUUUCAUUAUCUAUUUUUUUUUUUUUAGAUAAUAGAGAAACAAAGGAAAAAAAAGCCACCAAAAAAAAAAAAAAUGUCGUACGGCGAUGAUGGAAAGAGAAGGAGAAGAUACGCCAUUAUUGGCGUGUCUUCCUUGUUGCUGGUUGCAAUGGUUGUUGCUGUGACAGUGGGUGUUAGUCUCAAAAACAACGACGACGAUUCGAGUAGCACUAACAAUGGUAACAAAAAUGGAAAAGCUCAGGUAUCCACCUCCAUGAAAGCUAUCAAAUCUAUUUGCAAGUCUACAGAUUACAAACAAGAAUGCGUCGACAGCCUUCACGGUGUCAACACCACCGACCCAACAAAACUCGUCCAGGCAGCUUUUCAGGUAGCCGCAACCAAAAUCAAAGAGGCUGCAAAGAAAUCUAUCACAUUGCAACAACUUCAGAAAGAUCCAAGAACCAAAAUGGCUCUUGAUCAAUGCAAACAGCUCAUGGAAUACUCUGUUGACGAGUUCAAACGCUCUGUUGAGAAAUUGGGUGAUUUCGAUGUUAGUAAAGUCGAUGAGAUGCUCAUGGAUUUGAAGAUCUGGCUUAGCGCUGUCAUUACGUACCAAGAAACUUGCUUGGAUGGGUUCCAGAACACCACCGGCGACGCCGCCGAGAAGAUGAAGAAGGCAAUGCAAAGCUCCAUGCAUUUGAGCAGCAAUGGCCUUGCCAUGGUUUCUGAAAUCUCUAACUUGCUAACUGACUUGGAUAUUCCUGGAAUUAGCAAACGUCGUCUUCUUUCAUCGGAUAACCCUAUUCCUAUUCUUGGUCAUGGCGAGAUCAAUAUCGAUCUGGACUGGGCUGAGGCCGGUGUUCGGAGACUACUCUCUGCGUCUAAUGGUAAGAUUAAGCCUGAUGUUGUUGUUGCCAAGGAUGGAAGUGGCCAGUUCAAAAGCAUCAAAGAGGCUUUGCAAAAGGUUCCCAAAAUGAACAAGAAGCCCUUCGUCAUCUACAUCAAAUCCGGUGUGUACAAGGAGUAUGUUACCGUCGAAAGAAGCAUGACCAAUGUCGUCUUUAUUGGUGAUGGUCCUACCAGAACCCGCAUCACCGGUAACAAGAACUAUGUCGAUGGCUUUCUCACCAGCUUGACUGCCACAGUUGUUAUUCUUGGAGAUAAUUUCAUGGCAAGAAACAUUGGGUUUGAGAACUCGGCCGGUCCAUCCAAACAUCAAGCAGUGGCAUUGAGGGUGAACGCCGACAAUGCAGUUUUGUACCAAUGUGCAAUGGACGGUUACCAAGACACACUCUACACACACGCAAAGCGUCAAUUCUACCGCGAAUGCACCAUCUCCGGCACAAUCGAUUUCGUCUUCGGCGACGCAGCAGCCAUCUUCCAGAAGUGCACAUUCAUCGUGAGGAGGCCAAUGGACAACCAGCAAUGCAUAGUGACAGCACAAGGAAGGAAAGAGAGGCGUCAGGCAUCAGCCAUUAUCAUUCAGGAAGGAAAGUUCGUGGCCGAUCCGGAAUACUAUCCAUUGAGGUUCAAGCUCAAAGCUUAUCUGGGACGUCCAUGGAAGGAAUACUCUAGGACAAUCAUUAUGGAAUCCACCAUUGAUGAUUUGAUUGAUCCCCAAGGUUGGCUGCCAUGGGCUGGAGAUUACGGACUCAAGACUUGCUUCUACUCGGAGUAUAACAACAAGGGUGCAGGAGCUGCCAUGGAUAAGAGAGCUAAGUGGAAAGGAGUGAAACCCAUGACACCACAACAUGCAUUGGAUUUCACAGUAGGGAGGUUUUAUAAGGGCUAUGAUUGGCUUAAGGCCAGUGGUGUGCCUUUCGCCACGGGCAUGAUGUCUUCGGCCAAGGCAUAGAGAGAGAGAGAGAGAGAGAGAGAGAGAUUGAGAGAUUAAAAAAGAAAAGGAAAAAAAAAAAAAAAAAAAAAAAAAAGCUAGCUGAAUAUAUGAAUAUGCUCUUGAUCAUCAUCAUCAUCAUCUGAGCUCUGAUCUAAUUGUGAUCUCUGAUGGAAAAAAAAAAAAAAAAGUUGUUUUGCCGGGUUUUUUUGAUUUUGUAUUUUUUAUUUUUUUCCUAUGUCUUCUGGGUCUGGCAAAUUUUAUUACAGUCUUUAAAACCUAAGUAAUAGCUUCAUCAAAUUCUUCCUAGAAAAAAACAAAAUAUCGAUCCCUUCAUAAAGAAAAGAGAUCAAUAUUGUUGUUUUCCUUUGAGAA